AUGCUUCCUCCAUCAGAUUCAUUUCGUCAUCAGCUCCAAAAGCUUGCAGAGGUGAGAGCUAACCGCAACAACCCUCCACCUACUCCACCUCCGGCAUAUACUUUGUCAGCCUGUCUACCUGACGGAAGAACCGUCAUGGCCAUCGACCCCAAUCAAGAAGAGGAGUCUGGCCCUAUCAUCAUUCGAAUUGACAACUCCAUCUCUGUCAAUGGCGAGGACAAUACAGUCAUCGUACCUUCUGGAGCAACUCGGGCUGCAACGCAGACCGAAGCAGACUCCUGCUCCGCCAACAGGCCUACUCCACGACACACGAAUAUGUCAUCAACUGUGACUGCAAUUAUUGAUGCUUUGAACCGUGUUAACGCACUCUGCGAUAUGUCUGGUAACCUGCGAACCCUUGAGGUUGACCUCAAUGCCGGCAUAAAGAUUGAUGGUCGAAACAACACAAUCUGUAUGGGUAACGUGGCUAAGGUUCCCCAGCCUAAGACGCAGGCGCCCGCGGUCAGACAGAAUCUUGGCCAUAAGCGUCGUGCAACAUCGGAGCCCGCCGGAUGCCCUCCAUCCACUCGCCUUCGCACCUAG